UUGGUUCAAUCAAAUUGUUUUCAAAUUCAUUGGCGGAGAAUAUGUAAAUUUUUAACUCUCGUAUUAAAUCUUUUAUUUUAGUAUCGUUCCCAAAUCAAAUUAUAAAAACUAUGUCUUUCCCUCGAGCAAACGUUAAAAGAUUCAACGAAAUCCAAGGAUGUGCCCCACCUCCUGGUUCAUAUGACCCGAAGCAAAAAGAUAAAGCUCGUGGAUUUGUAGUAGAUAAAUCUGAAAGGUUUAAAAAUCCUAAAGAUGGUGUAUGUGCAGGUGCAAAUGCAAGCACCAUCAGCAAUGGUAAAACACCUGUCAAACAACUCUUCCCGCCACCACAGGGGUCCAGUCAUAAGCCUGCACGUUCGGUGGAAGAGUGCAAUAGCACAACAAAAGCAUUGAAAAACAAGAUGUCAGGUGUAAUGGAAGAGAAUAAGAAACUUAAAGAAGAAAUUCUAGCUGUUCGUAAUGAAAUAAAAGAAGUGGUUAAAGCCAGAAAGUUGUUAGAGGAACAAAGAGACAAUUUAAUGGACAGCAAUGAAAAUUUGAAAGAUCAAGUAAAACAGAUGUCUACAGAACAAGCAAAUAGAACAGAACAUCUUAGGGUGCUAACAGCCAAUUCUGAGGAGUUACAGGCAGGCACCUUGAUCCUUCAGCAACAGCUUGCAGAAUUACAAAACAUACAUGAAACCAAAUGUAGAGAAACAGAAGAAAAAAUAUCCUCACUUCAAGAAAGGGAAACCUUGAUUAAUGAAACAACUGCAAAUUUGCACGAAAGAAUUGUUGAGCUUCAAGCCCAGAAUGAAGAUCUUGCAGCAACUUUAAGGGAAACUGGGGAAUUGUUGAGUAGAACAAAAGAAGAAAAUGAUAAACUUGAAGAAAUGUUGAGACAGGCUGAAGCAAACUGGGAAACAGAGAAAAAACAAUUUCUGAUUCAAGUGGAACAGUUAGUGUUUGAGAAGUCAAGGGCAGAGAGUAUGUUAGGUGAUACUGAGGAUAAAGUUAAGAAGAUGGAGACGGAUAUGUUAGAUCAGAAAACCCUUUCAGAUAAUAAGAUUGAAGAGUUAACUAACCAGCUUGAUGCUGAUAAAGCAGAGCUAGUACAGUUACAGAACAAACUGGGUGAUUUAGUUUAUGAGAAAUCUCAAUUGCAUACAGAGGUUGGACACUUGGAGGCUCAAUUGAAAAUUGUAAAAUGUGAGUCUGAAGAAACUGUUUCUCAGGCAAACAAAGCAAUGGAAAUAAUACCAGAACUGAAGAUAAGAAUUGAAACACUUGACACUGAGAAAGCUGGAUUUGAAAAAAGAGCAUUUGAACUAUCUGAACAAAAUGAAACAUUACAGACAACUUUGGAGAAAUUUCAAGCUGAUUUUGAUGAGCAUUCAAAUGCAGUGGAGAAAGAAAGAAUGGAAACACAUUCAAAGAUUGUUGCCCUUACUGAAGAAGUUGAAGGCUUGAGAGAACAGAAAGAUCAAAUGGCCAAUGAAUUAGACAACUGGCUUACAGAUAAGUCGGAACUAGAUAUUGAAAUUGCUAAACUACAGUGCAGGAUUAAAGUUUUAGAGAUGGAGAAUGAACAGGUUAAAGAGGAAACACAGAAAGAAAUUGUUGAUUGUAAAGAUGAGAUUGAGAGAGUGAGAAAGGAGAAACAACAAAUAGAGAAAGAUAUGGAACAAUAUGGAAUAGACCUGCUUAGUAAUGCAGCACAGUUACAAUCAAUGCAGGCCAAGUUAGAUACGGCAACAACAGAUAGUAAGAAGCUGGAAACAGAAAACACGAAGAUGAAGGAGGAACUUGAACAGAAAGAUGUUCUCAUCCAAGACAAACAAGCACAGCUUGAUGAUUUACAACUUGCAUAUGAUAGUAAGUGUAAGGAUUCCGAUGAUAUUGCAAAUGAAAAGGAAAUUCUAGUGGAGGAAUUACGAGUACAGAAAGAGAGUUUUGAAGAUUUGAAUUGUAGUCUACAACAAACAAGGGCUGAUUUUAUCAAACGGUGUAAUGAGCGGGAUGAACUUGUGAAGAAGAAUAACACCAAGGAUAAAAGUUUGUCAGCAUUGUCUGAACAAGUUGCCCAGCUUACACAAGAACUUUACCAGGUUAAUCUCUCACUUAAAACGAAAACAAGUGAGUGUGAUGAAGUGUUAGAGAAAUGUAGGGAACAAGAGAAACAAUUAACCUUGUCAUCACAACAGGUGUCCAAUUAUAAACAACAAAUAGAGGACUACAAUGAGCAUUUACAAAUGAAGUGUGAAGAGUGUGAGGAGUUACAGCAGAAGUGUGAAGAUUAUGAUAUUGAGCUGACUAUGGCAGCUAGAGAGGCUGUAGAUCUCCAGGAACGUGUAGAAUCACUUAGAAAGUAUAGCAACUACCUUUAUGAGAAGUUAAUCUGUGUUACCUUUACUGGGUACCAGAUUGUUGAGAAACAACCAACAUCAUAUAGAGAGAGUGAAGCUGCUGAUGUAAGACAUGAGGAGGAAAUACAAGGUCUGAAAUCUCAGCUAGAAAACAAUAGCAGUACCGAGGAGCUACAAAAUGAAGUUGACCACUAUAAGAAGUUGUAUGAGGAACUCCAGGCUAAAGUUGAACCUUUUAUGGAUCAGAUUGAUUCCUAUGAGAUGGAAAAACAACUUCUUCUUGGGCAGAGUAAAGACACUCGGGCAGAGAUGGAGAGACUAGGAAAGAGUUAUGUGGAUCUUCUAAGUCAUCAAAAUCAUAAACAGAAGAUAAAGCAUAUUGAAAAAAUAAAAAAUGAAAAUUUUGCAUUAAAACAGGAGAUAGAGACAUUAAGACUACAGACAGUGAAACAAAAACGUAGGAUACAGAAGUUAGAGGAGAAAUCAGCUCCUCCCAAGAAGUUUGAUUCCUCUAAGGCAUUUCAGCACGCUAAAGAGAACCUUGAAAAUACAGUAACAAGUUCACCACUCAAAGAAUUGAACAAGAAGUAACAGCAAUAUGGAGUGCUUGAGAUCUAUGUAACGUAAGCUGUUUGUUCUGCUGGAAUUGUUACACGCUAAAUUGUUACAUGCUUGGCUGUUACGCUUUUACCCCUUGAGCUGUUACAAUGUUGACAUCCUAACCUACAGUUUGUGUUUCAUAUUAUCUAACAAUGUGAACAGUGAUUGUUUUUAUCAAAUGGCAAAAUUAUCUAUGCUUGAUACAGUCUACCUCCUAAUGUUAUUGGAAAGACAGAAAAGUGUACUGGUCAUAUAUUUUAAGUGUAGGCCUUUGAUAGUGGAUAUUUUGUAAGCUUAUUAUGUUUAGAGUGAAUUUGUUGAUCAAUCAUUCAAUGUGGAUUUGAUUGAGUCAUGUGAGGUGCUGAACAGGGAGUACUGACACAAAAUUUGACCUGAGUAGCACUAAGUCUUGUUACAUUGAAUACCUGAUGAUUUCUGAAUUUAUUACUACUAAAACACAUGCAAACCACCAACAUACUGUAAAGAAUAGGGAGAGAAAAGUAUAUUGCAUAUCAAUUCAUGUUUAUUACAUAUAAAUGAAAUCCUCUUAUGCUUUUAAAUUGAAUGCUAUUUGUCUAAAUGUAAAUUGUAGUGUAUGUGAAAAAAAAAAUCAUGUAUAGUGACAUGUAGUGACAGAAUGAGGAGUAAAUGUUGACUUAUGUGUUGUCCAAAUUAUGUCUCAUGUCUUUUUCUUUCUAAUUCUGAACAUGUUUAACUUUUUUUUCACCCUAUCAUUUAUGUUAUGCUUCUUUGAUGUUACUAUAUUACUAUGUUUUAUCUCUGACAAAUUGUACCAUACAAGUUAAUCUUGUAAAAAUAGACCGUCGGUUUGAUCAUGAUGUUGUACAAUAUAUGACACUGUCUGGAGAUUGUUACACUGUUGGGAUUUGGCCACAGAUCUGAAUUUUUUCAUUUUUAACCAGUUUUUAUUUGCUUAGACCUAUCUACUUUUAUGUAUGAUUGAAUUGUAUAUCUUGUUCUGUACCAAAUAAUAUCUAAAAUUUGGUUUUGGAAUUUUUGGUUCGCUUUUCAGACAAAAUUACAUAAAUAAGAUCUACUUCUUGUGGAAAAGUUGCCUAUAUAUACAUGAACUUUGAUCUCCCAGUCUGUAGUUUUUACCCCAGACUGCAGGAAUAAAGAUUUACUUGAUAUAAUUUCUGUAUAAUGUGUCAUUCAUGUUUAAUAAUUGUUUUAAUCUUUUAAUUUAGAAUUUUGUUUUAUCUCGUUUACACCCAGUGCAUGCCUUCAUUUUUAGAUAUUUUAAACCUGAUAUAUUUAUCAUGCAAAUAUUUCAGUUGGAAAACAAAAACAUUGCAACUGAAGACCUGACUGUAUUUUAUCUGUAAAUAUAGUAAAGUAAAUGUUGUCAUUGUUUAAGAUUUUUUCGUCAUAAUAAGAAUUGUCUAUGCAUGUCCUUUACAGAUUUAGAUUUAGUUAUCAUUGUACAACUAGAUGGCCAGCUGAUUGGUUAGUUAACUCUCUCAAUGUACAAAGUAAUGCCUUUAAGCUAAUUAUAUGCAGUUGAAAUUCACUGGGAUUUUUUAAAAUUUCAUUUUGCUUUCCAUAAGUACACAAAAAUAAUACUGUAUUGAGAUAUGGUAAAUUUUGUUUAUUUCAUCAUGUUAAAUAUUAUAUGGCAAGGAUAUUGAUCUGUAAACAAUUAUUUUAAGUGUCUGGGCAGCUUACUCCUUCUUAUCUCUAAUUUUCUUUUUAAAUGCCAAGCACAUCAAAAAUCAUAUGUCAGUAUGGUUGUAGUAAUACUAAAGUCUUGUAGACAUCAAUACCAGAUGUUGUCUCUAGUAGGUCAUAUUGAAGCUUAGUAACAUGUCAUCUAACAGUUCAUGUAGAAAUUCUAGAAUAGUGAUAUUCUGAUUAACUGCAGACUGAGAGAGAUAAAGAAUACUCCCAAUAUUUAUAAUUAUCCCUUAUUGUUUUUAACUACAAUAUAUAAUAAUGAAAUACAUAUUGUAAUUUUAUGCAUACACAUUUAUAAUGGUUAGUAUUUUGUGUAUCAAGAAGUGUUUCAUGUACUUUUAAUCUCUUUUAUAUGUUUAUGCAUUAAUUUUUAAGGAACAUACAGUUUAAUAUGUAAUGGAUGCAUGUUGUAAGAAUAGUUUUCAUCAAGUGAAACACAUCACCCUAACAUAUCAUAGAUUUGUACCAAUAGGAACUUAACUAGGAAAAUGCCUUACAAUUCUCUCAUAGUGUAAGUUUAUAUGCAUUCUUCUCUAAAAACAUGUCUUUUUCUACUCUACAUGUUGAUUGUUAAAUGCUAUUAACAAUUUGUCAUAAUAAAAUAUCUAGGCAU